AUGGCAUCCUUGGGCGUGGAAGUCCAUAUUCCUUCGCUCUCAAUUGACCGAGAUGCCUAUGAUGACAUAGAAAUGUCUUCCAGUGAUGCCGGAUGCUCCUCGAGUGAUGAGGAAACGCCUGCCAACGGUCAAAGCCCCCUUUCCCGAGAGAUAAAACCGGAAUUGCCUGUUGUGAGUAAAGAGUUAGAGGAGCUGGAGAGGAAAUCGAAUGAGGGCUUUCAGAUUCUCGAAAAGUUGGAGGCCAUAUUGAAGAAGUAUUCUUCUUCCACUAGAACCAAUGAGGCUCUUCGGAAACAAAUUUUGGAGACUAUGGACCAGGGCAAGAACCACCCCACAGUCACAAUUGGCGUAGUUGGCGCCACUGGUGCAGGAAAGUCCUCUCUAAUAAAUGCUCUUUUGGGAGAGAAACGCUUGGUUCCUACCAGUGGCAUGCGUGCAUGCACAGCAGCAAUAACGGAAAUAUCCUACGGUAACGGGCCAUGGAGAUAUGAAGCUGAGAUCCAGUUUAUAUCUAAGUCUAGUUGGGAGGAGGAGAUGCGUCUUCUAUUUGAAGACAUGCGGGAUGGGCUUGAUGACCUUCCCUCAACUUACGACUCUGACUUUGGCGUAGCAUGCGCCAAAUUUAAAGCUGUUUAUCAGCUGCCUCUCCAGGAUACCCAGACUAUAUCCAUUGAAGACCUCAUGAGAAAUUCUAACGUUGCGGCGGUUCUAGGCUCGACGAAAUACCUUUCGGGAAACAACGUUCUUGAGUUCUAUGAAGAACUCCGUAAAUAUGUGGACAGCGAGGACCCCUCCCUGGUCUCAAAUCAGGAUACCAUCGAUACCACGCAUAUGAUACCACAGAACAAACCUAUGCAGUUAUGGCCCCUUGUUGAGCUGGUGCGUCUACGUGUCAAAUCACCCGUUUUGUCAACUGGUGCCGUGCUUGUGGACCUCCCAGGGUUGCUAGAUGUCAACACAGCCAGAGGAACGCUGGCUCAGAAAUACAUAAAAAACUGCUCUGGUUUAUGGGUUCUAGCUCCAAUUACUCGAGCUGUGGAUGAUCAUUCGGCGAGAGUUCUGCUUGGAGAUGGCUUCAAGCGCCAGCUGCAACUGGAUGGCGGAAUGAGCCAGUUAGCUUUUAUCUGCAGCAAGACUGACGACAUCAAUCUGUCAGAGGCAGCUGACGAUCCCAGGUUGAAAUUGGCUAAAGAAACCCUGGAGACCUUUCAGAAAGAAAAAGGAGAGUACAUCAAAAGUAUACGUAAAAAGAUUUACAGCCUUAGAAAGAGGGACAAGCGCUUAAACUCGAAACUAGACAAGUUGGUGGAUUUUGCAAUUCAGAGCGACAGCGAAGUUGAUAACCCUGGUGAGCUAACCAACCAGAGCCCACCCGAUCAGGGUUUCAUGAACAUAUCCCCGUCACCCAGCCCUCGAAAGGCCGAGUUGUUGGUUUCCAGGAAGAAGAUGAAAGAAAAUCAAGCCACAAUUAAGGCUCAAACCCAAUCUCUAGAAAAAGAUGUUCUUUCUUACAAAAACCAGAUAAAACUCAAGACACGUGAAUUUGAACGUUGCUGUAUAGAGAAACGAAAUGAAUUCUCUGAGAUCCGCAUCAAGGAGGAUUUUGUUACCGGAUUCGCUCAGGCUAGCAUCACUAGCUAUGAUGACGGCAGCGAAUGCGCCAGUGAAGUUCCAUCUACCAAAGAGAAGUUGCACGUUUUUUGCGUAUCUGCAAAAGCAUUUCAGAUAUUGGAAGGCAGACUGAAGGAAGAUAAGAUAGCGAAAGGUUUUAUAACCACUGAGGAUACUGGAAUAUCCCAACUUCAGAGAUACUGUUUGAAUAUAGGUGUCGCAGCCCGUACAGCAGAACACAACAAAUUUUUGAAUAACGUUGGACAGCUGGCCAAUUCCGUGAAGCUUCAAGCGUCGAGACAUGUUGACUCCCUGGCAACACAGCAUAAUGACAAAAGAUUACUAGGAGAAGAACUCGAGACUCUCAAGGACGCUCUCGGUACUACGGUCCUCAACAUGUCAAAGGCUCUGUUGGGAGUAAGACAGCAACUAUACGCUGAUCUUGAUCAUGCCGCUGUUACAGCGAUUGCUGCUGCCGAUGGCCCUCCGUCUCGAUGGAAUCGGGGCAAAAAGAAUGGGGGCAUUGCGCACUCGACAUACAAAGCCAUCUGCCGGAGAUCUGGUGAAUUUCGAGAUGGUAAAGGCAAGAGAUACGACUGGGGAAGAGAAUUAGCUGAACCAAUGAUGGCAAUUAUUAGACCAGCGUGGGAAAGGGCCUUUAUCAGGCAAAUCCCCCAGUUGCUUAACAAAAUCUCGGAUUCUCUACGGAGAGAUAUGGGUGAAUUUCACAGAAGUGUGAUGAGGGACGUUCGAACCCUCAGCCAAACCAAUUCAAGGACCAAUAUCUUAAAUGACCAGUGCCUAAUAUACAAAGAAAAAAUUAGGCAAACAAUCCAUUUUGUCACUGGCAAGAUGGAUUCCAAGCAGAAGGAUCUAAACCGUAUCUUUAUUCCAACCAUCACGCUGGCCUUAAGGCCGGCUUACAGUACAGUUUUGAGAAUCAAAGGUGCUGGUUCAUUUGAGAAAAUCAAAGAUACCAUUGCUAAUUGCGUGGCUGAUUCCAAGUACGACAUGUUCCAUCGGGCUAUUAACACAAUAAAAGUCGAGCUCGAAGAGUUCGCUAAUGCCCUUGUCGACUUGGUUGGCCUCGACGUGGAGAAUGUUUUCGAUGGUAUGAGCGAGGACUAUUUGACAGACCUCAAAAACUCAAGCGAAAUGGAAAAGCCUCUUAAGGAAGAGCUCAUUUCAUUCUUGAACAGCACAUCACUAUUUGGCGAUCUUGCAAAACACACUGACAAUAACACGCCAAACUCUGACUUCAAGCCAUUGGUAGCAAUUACUAUGGACAGCUCUAGUGUCAAGACUGAACCAGAGUCCAUGGAUACUGAUGAAACGUUCAGCCCAACCAUUGACUGA